UCAGCUGAUCGAUAGCCGGCGCUGUGCAAACAACGCACAAUAUUUUGUAUUUAUUUUUAUACCGUGGCACAAAUUUAAACCGCACAAAAGACAAAAUGUAUAAAAAUUUAGAGGAACACAAUCGGCUUGUCAAUAAAUAUCUCAAGAUAUUCUUUGUGGUGGCCUUGUAUUGGUGCACCUCUAUACUGACUGUGUUCGUGAACAAGCAUCUGCUGAGCAGUGAUACCGUUAACCUUGGAGCACCCCUGUUUAUGUCUUGGUAUCAAUGUGUCGUGUCCACCAUCAUUUGUUAUUGCAUGAGUCGGCUUAGUCGCAAGUAUCCAAGUGUGUUCACAUUCCAGGGAAAUCCGUUGGAUAUUGACACAUUCCGAAAACUGCUGCCGCUGUCCGUGCUCUAUACGUUGAUGAUUGGCGCCAACAACUUGUCAUUGACCUAUGUAACCGUGGCCUUCUAUUACAUUGGGCGCUCUCUGACCACUGUCUUCAGUGUGGUGCUGACCUAUGUGAUACUGCGGCAACGCACCAGUUUCAAGUGCCUCUUAUGCUGUGCCACCAUUGUGAUCGGCUUUUGGCUGGGCGUGGAUCAGGAGAGCUUAACCACAGCCUUCUCGUGGCGUGGCACCGUAUUUGGGGUGCUUAGCUCCUUGGCGUUGGCCAUGUACUCGAUUCAGACGAAGAAGGCGCUGGCUCAUGUGAAUCAGGAAAUCUGGCUGCUCAGCUACUACAACAAUCUGUACUCGACGAUCCUCUUUCUGCCACUAAUUGUACUCAAUGGGGAGCUGGGCACCAUCUUGGCCUAUCCUUAUAUGGGGGCACCAUGGUUCUGGGCUGCGAUGACGCUGAGUGGAUUUUGUGGUUUCGCCAUUGGCUUUGUAACAGCUUUAGAGAUAAAGGUUACCUCACCGCUAACGCACAACAUCUCGGGCACGGCGAAAGCGUGCGCCCAGACAGUUAUUGCCACGCAGUAUUACAACGAUGUGCGCUCAGGCAUCUGGUGGACUUCGAAUAUAGUUGUGUUGGUCGCAAGUGCGGCAUAUACGCGGGUGAAGCAAUUGGAAAUGUUGCAGCAGCAUCAGCAGCGCAAUGCGGCAACAUUGAAAGCCUGAUUUCCAAACAUUUCCCACAACAAUUAUGCAAAUGACAAGAAUUUAGCAUUGUGCAACUUCCAAACAACAAACUAAGAACCCUUUUAAGACCUUAAACUAAGUGUAAAAGUAUCCUAACAUUAUCCAUUUCAUAUACGUACAACAUUCUUUAUAAAUAAGGAAAAAAUCCAAA